AUGCCUUUCAACACAGAACUGACGCGCCGGCUCGGCAUCGCUGUGCCUGUCGUGCAGGGUGGCAUGCAACAUGUGGGCUACGCUGAGAUGGCGAGUGCCGUGUCGAAUGCGGGCGGCCUGGGCAUCAUCACGGCGCUGAUAUUUCCCGACCCUGAGGGGCUGCGCCAGGAGAUCCGCAAGUGCCGGAAGCUGACCAGCAAGCCGUUCGGCGUCAACAUCACCCUGCUCCCCGCGCUGGUGCCCCCCAACUACGACGCCUACGCCCAGGUCGUCAUUGACGAGGGCGUCGAGAUCGUCGAGACGGCCGGCAACUCGCCCGGCCCCGUCAUCUCCAAGCUCAAGAAGGCCGGCUGCAUUGUGCUCCACAAGUGCACCACUAUCAGGCACGCCGAGUCCGCAGUGAAGUUGGGAGUCGACUUUUUGAGCAUUGACGGCUUCGAGUGCGCUGGCCACGUUGGUGAAUCAGACAUCACCAACUUUAUCCUGCUGAGCAAGGCGCGGCAGACGCUCAAGGUGCCUUUUAUCGCGUCGGGCGGCUUCGCCGACGGGCAGGGGCUGGCGGCGGCGCUGUGCCUAGGGGCGUGCGGCAUUAACAUGGGCACGCGGUUCCUAUGCACGGUCGAGAGCCCGAUCCACAUCAAGAUUAAGGAGGAGAUUGUGCGGGCGCAGGAGACGGACACGGCGCUGCUGCUGCGGCGCUGGCGCAACACGACGCGCCUGUACCGCAACAAGGUGACGGAGCAGGCGCUUAAGAUCGAGCAGGAGAGCACCACAGGCGAGUUCUCUGAGAUCGCGCCCUACGUGAGCGGCAAGCGCGGCCGCGAGGUGUUCCUCAACGGCGACCCGGAAUAUGGCGUCUGGACGGCCGGGCAGGUCAUCGGGCUCAUCCACGACAUCCCCACGUGCAAGGACCUCAUCGCGCGCAUCGAGAAGGAGGCCGAGGCCACCCUGACGGAGAAGACGGGGCUGUACGCCCCUGUUGCCCCUUCGGCAAAGUUAUAG